AUGACAUCCACGCCUUGGGUAUUCAUCUGCCCCUCCUCCAGAGGCAUUGGCCAUGCCCUCACCUGUCAUCUUCUUCGACGCACGCCCUCGUCCAUCCCGAUUCUUGCAACGACGCGACAUUCGGAUCUGGCCGCUGCCAAGGCCGCAAUCCUAAAGGAUCGCCUCUUUGUCGUCCGCUGUGACGUGACCGAUGAAUCCACCAUUGAAUCUGCCGCCAAAAAGGCAGAGACUCUGUUUCCCAGCAAGUCGCACCACUUGCAUCUUGCCUGCGUCCUCCCAGGCGUAUUGCUAAACCCAGAAAAGUCCCUCGCGCAGGUUGAUGCCAACGCUACUCUGGAGUCGUUUCGAAUCAACUCCAUGGGCCAAAUGCUCAUGGCGAAGCACUUUUUCGGAUUCUUGCCCAAGAAGGCGACGGCUAUGGCGAUGCCGGGCUACAACGGCUAUGACUACAAUGAAGACGAGGACGACGAAGAGGACGAAGAGAGGGAGGAUCAGGAUGACGAAGAUGAAGCCGAAGAAGAGGCGUCUCUAUGUCUGCCUCGGCACGCUACUUGGCUGAACAUGUCUGCAAGAGUAGGAUCCACCACUGAUAACCGCUCUGGCGGGUGGUUUUCGUAUCGCGCGAGCAAGGCCGCCGUCAACAGCUUCACCAAGAGCCUUGACAUCUCUCUACGCACACGGGCAGGAGAUAACGCAAUGGCGGUGGCAUAUCACCCGGGCACGGUAAGGACUGACUUGAGCAAAGACUACUGGGGCGGCGUGCCCAAGGAGAAGCUAUUCAGCGCUGAAUAUGCGGCCGAGAAGCUUGCGGAUGUGGUUUGUGGGCUUGGAACGAGUGAUAGGGGUAGAUGCUGGGACUGGAAGGGGACUGAAGUUCUCCCUUGAAUUUGAUUUACGUGUGGUACUUGUCUGAUACACAUGUUUUG